AUGCAUCACCCCCUCCCCCACCCCCCAUGGCACCUCCCCCCCCUCCUCCUCCUCCUGACAACCUCCCUGCUCCCUCCCCCAACAACAGCAUACUACGUCAUGACCACCCGUCUCAACCGUCCAAACUGGUUCAAAUCCUGGAACUACAUAAUGGACGCCCGUCCCUUAACAACCUACCUCCCAAACACCUGUUACGCCACAAACACAAAAUACGGCGACGGCUACAUCCAAUCCUUCACCGUCCGUAACAACAUCGAUCAACCCACCGUCACCGGUGUAGCACUCUACCACAGCGACGACUGUGGCAAAGGAGUGGGGAAACUAGCGUAUCAUUUCUUGGAGGUACCGUUUAUGGUUAUUAAAUUCGAUGCGUUUGAUCCUUAUGGAAUUAAUACCGUGGAUUUGAUGAAACUUGGGGUUAGGUGGUUAGCUGGAUCUUGGAGAUCGGUUGAUAUUGAAAAGGAACAUGGUGAGGGGGGAUUACUGGCUGGUAUUCCGGAUUAUGGGGAAAAUGGGGUUGUGAUUUGGGAGGGGGAUCCGGAGGUUAGGAAGGUGCCGUUGCGGAGGGUUUGGAUACCGGAUUCUGUGGUUAAAGUUCAUGAGGGGAGGGAUUUUAUGGAGACUUUACCGCCGCCGCCGGAUAGAAGACGGUAUGUUUAUUUGAGGGAUCUUGUUGAACGGGUUUUGAGGCCUGGGGCGGAGGAGAUACCGGAUGUUGUGACGGAGUAUUUUGAUGAAUUGGUGAGAACGCUGCCAUCUGGUGAUGAUGACGGCGGGGCACCGAGACAGGAGGUAGAAGGGACGAAAAAGAAGAAGAAGAAGGUCAAGUCGGGGAAUAAACUGCUGAAGGGUCCUUUACAUGAUCCUUCGGAUCCAAAAUCGAAUUUCUCGUAUGAAACUCAUAGGGAGAGUUAUAAACCGAUAUAUGAUUCCGUGUCACUGGAAUUCCCGACAAUACCACAGGAUAUACUACCAAAAGCGGUGUAUUACGAAGGUCUGGGUAGUAUAGACGGAAGAGAGUUCUUUGUGAUCGAAGAAAUACCGCAGCGGAUGGGAACUAUCGACCAGAUCAAACCUGAUAAUGAAGCAGCUGUCGACGAUAGGGACGUUUUGGUAAUGGAAGAGAUUGAAAAAGAACCGGAAGAAGAAAUUGAAGAUACUAACAUAAACGAAGAGUUUCGGAAAUUUCUAUCUGACGAGGAAGAACCUAAUGACUCCGAGAUAUCUCAGCUCCUAGAAACUGGUUCGAGGGAUGAUUCGAGGCCGUUAGGAGAACUAUGGGCUGACAAGCGUCCCAUAGCUGAACUAGGAGAGGAAGUACGUGGAACAAUAACUCUCGAAGAAGAAAUCCCUAACGAAGACCAGAUACGAAACCCAGGUCAUAUGCAGAUCGAAGAAGAAGAACAACAAGUGGAAACUCAAGAAAAUCAAAUCAACGACGAAGAUAACAAUAAUGAAUCUACAAUGCAACAGGAAGAACGAAGGGAAAGGAUGCUUAACCAAAUGGAAGAAGAAGAAGAACAACCCCCCAACGACGAUACCUCCCAAUUAUCACAAAGCGUCUCCGACUGGCAACUUCUCCGCACCUCCCUCCAAGCCUUCCAACCCCUCCAAUCCGAACUUCUAAACCGUCAAAACCGCCUACCCCAACAAGAAGCAGAAGUCGAAGAACGAAGAUUUCAAAGGGGAAAUAUGAUGGCUCCUAUGAUAUAUAAUAAUAAUAACAACGACGGCAACAUAGAACGAGAAGUUCAUUCGGACCGUGCAGAACCAUCUUUAAGAGAUACGAUGGAUAUGAGCGCUCGACUAAGGACUCUUCAGAAUCCCUUUGGGUAUGAUAGAACUCCGUUUGCGUCUACUUCAUCUCAGAGGAGAGGGUUUCAGAUACCGCCUUUGAGGAGAGAGGGUAUGGAGGACUUGAUAGAGCCGUCGUUUUCAUCGACUAAUCGUAGGCCGCGGAGACAAAGUAUUGAAGAUAAUAGGAUUAUGGAAGAAGUUCCUGGGCCGCAGAACUCACCCAAUAGUUGA